AAACAGCUCACUCGGCUUUUCCACUUCAGAAUGUAAAAGAGCUGUAUUUCCUCAAUUAAUAUUAAUCAUGAUCAGACAUUCCUGUAAAUAUAGCAGUAAUCUGGAAAUAACUGUCUUAACCAGUGAAAAUGUGUAGAAGGAAUAUAAAGUGUGUAAUGAAAUUUCUGCAGUGUGGACUGCAUUCAGAUGGGUGUUAUAUGUUUCAGAACUUUGAAAAAACUACUUUACAUUAAUAUUAGAGAUUUGUGAGAACAAGAACUGGGAGAAAGAACUGGGAGAAGCUGUGUAGGUAAGAUUCCGAACACAGAGAAAGUAUGCCAGCCCAGAAGGGACUCCUGAACUUUUCAGACUGUGAUUCAGUUAAGUUUGUUUACACAGCCGACUCCAUUCAUUCUCUGAAACAAAAUCACAUCCUCUGUGGUGGCAGAUAAGAUUUUAACAGCUUGUUGGGGUAGCCUGUCAGAGUCAUUAGGCUUCAUCAUUCUUUUUCGCAGAGCAUUUCCCUUUCCACACACGCAAAUGGAAAAGGAGGAGGAGAAAUCUGGUAUUUUUGAAGGCAUGCAUCAUCCUUCUAGCUUUCAGCUACCACAGUCUUUAAACUACUUUCAUCAUGUUGAUUCACUGGAGAAAUGAACUUCCUGGAUCAUACAUGCCAGAUUAUAAACUGGUUCAUUUGCUCUCUGUGCACACCAUGGUUGCUGAGACUCUGGAGUGGCAGGUGCCCAAGGACAAGAAGGAAUUUGCUGUUGGGCACUGCUUUUGUGAUUUACUUGGGGUUCCUUGUCAGCCAAGUAGGUCAUGUUCUACCACAGCAUAAAGCGGGAUCACCGAAAGCUAAUUCCAAGAAUCUCCAAGUUGCUGCCCAGAGCCCUUUCCUUGAGAUCCCACUGGAUGGCACCUUGUCACUUCCUGAUUUGCAAAGACCCCUGAUGGAAGCAAAUGAUACCUCUGCAUUUCCCAAUGUGGUCUACAUUACUCUGCAGUCCAAGCGCAGCAAAACUGCCAACAUCCAAGACACUGCAAAGCCCAAGAAAAGGAAAAAACAUACAAUACCUUUGCCCUAUAGAAAUGACAAUCCAUUAAUUUUCACUGUCCAGGAGAAGCAUUUAACGCACAAGUCACUUCAUGGGACUAGCACCUCCAUAGGACUGAAGAGAGCAGUAGACCAAAACAAAGCAAGGCAACGCCAGGAAAAGGACAAAGAGAAAGAAAUAUUUCCUAAGGGCAAGAGAUAUUGGCAAUCUGUGAAAAUUCUAAGAGAUGAAAAUGUGCACCCUAAUACUCAGGAGAGCAAUAUCAGGAUGUACAGUGAGAGACCACCAUCUUGGCUAAGCAAAGAGGACAUCUUACAUAUGCGUAUUCUGGCAGAUUCCAAGAUUGGCACUAUUCAAGAGGUACCAUCUCAGCAUGGAACAGUUCUGGUAUUUGGGAAGAUCUCUGCUGUGAAUGGAUUGACAAAAGAUGCUUCUUGUGUUCAAGGGUAUUGUGGUCUCCUCAAGAGACCUCUUGACAUGAGUGAAGUUUUUGCUUUCCACUUGGACAGGAUCCUGGGGCUGAAUCGUACCUUGCCUACAGUUGGCAGAAAAUCAGAUUUUUUCCAAGAUGAUCAGCCACAUCCUGUGAUUCUCUGGGAUUCUUCCUUGUGUCAAACAGACAAUGAGACACACUCUUCCUUGAAGCUAACCUGGGGGGCCUACAAACAGCAACUAAAGCAAAAGUGUUGGCAAAAUCAUAAAGUGUCCAAAGCAGAGUGGGGAUGCACAGAUAUCCAUCACCAUGAAUGGUCCAAGAUGGCUCUCCUUGAUUUUCUGUUACAGAUCUAUCACCGCUUGGACAAAAACUGCUGUGGGUUCAAACCUCACAAAGAGGAUUCCUGUGUACAGAAAGGACUGCAUCUGAAUUGUGAUGACCAGGACAGCAUUGCUUUAACUCACAUUAUUCAGAGAAAGGAAGAUCCACAACAUUUGGUCUUUAUAGACAACAAAGGUUUCUUUGAUAGAAGUGAAGACAAUCUAGACUUCAAAAUAUUGUAUGGCAUAAAAGAGUUCCCUGAGUCCGCAGUCUCAGUGCUGAAAAGUCAACGUCUGCGAGAGAAGCUUCUUCAAUCUUUGUUCCUUGAUAGAAUUUUUUGGGAAAGCCAAGGAGGUCGCCAAGGGAUUGAAAAACUCAUUGAUGUGAUAGAAAGAAGGGGCAAAAUUCUUCUUACCUAUAUUAAUGGACAUGGGGCAAAUGUUCUGCCAAUGAAUGAGUAGAAUUCAGAGAUAAAAAGAUGACCCCCCCCUCCCCCGCAAGACUGAUAUCAAGCAUGCUGGUAAUUUUAAUGUCCUUUACUUUCAUUUUCAGAGUAUUAUGAACAAAUAGUAAAACUUAACAUUUUAAAUUGGAUAUUCUAUCAAUGUAAUCUGGAACACAUUGAUUCAAUUGUUUUAACAAGUUAAAUAUGCAGGCAAAAUUUUUGCAAUUUAUUUUAAUGACUAUAACUUUGAGGUGCUACUAGCUUUAAGAAAAGUCCAAAAGGUUGCAACCUAUUUAUUUUGGUGGUAUUCUCCUAUAAUAAGUGGUUUUGUAGUAUUGCAACCAAUAAUUGCUUUAAAAAAUUGUACAGGGAUUUUUCAUUCAUUCCAUCCAACAAAAAAACCCUCACAGACCUCAAAUGUUGUUGAUAUUUCUGUUAUGUGUCUAAAACAAUUUAGGCAAAUAACCAUAUUCAUUCUUCAUGUGUGUUUCUUUCAUUUCAGUUCAGGUUGCAUAUAAACAUGCCAUCCAAGGGACUGAGUGGGAGAAUAUUUGCUUUUGCUUCUUGUUUUUGUUAGUGUCCAUGAUAUUAUUUGUUUGGAGAAAAUUCUAUAGAAAACUAGAAGUUUCCAUCAUCAGCAGCCAUUUUCUACUUUUCAGGCCAUGUCCUACUUUAUUCUUUUCCUCCAGCUACCCUUGUUUCUUGAUUAGCCACCCUAGAUUUCAUGAAUGUGGGAUCAUGGUUAACUACAGCUAGCUUUCCUCCAGAAAGAUGGGAUACUAAGCCUGGAUUAUGGUUUUGAAUCCCAGUUUACGUGGGGAGUUUACAUGGGCAGAAGGCAUUAACUGGUUUACCCUGGUGCUUCCAUAUAUAUGUCAUAGGUAGUUGAAGCCAAAAAAUAUUUAGGAACUUUCUAUGCAAGAAGGGAGGGCAGAACAAGGUGUAUGACCAACCAACAAGGUGUGUUGGUUAUACUUGGAUGCAGAUUUCACAGUACAUUGCCUGCUUUUUACCCUUUUCUAGUCUUCUUUCUCUUUUUCUUAAGUUUCCAUCUUCCCAAAAUAUCUUUCUAAGCUCCCGUACAUGAUUUUUAAAUUAUUACCCCAACUAGGUUUACAAUUUACCUUUCUCCACAGAAAAUGGACUAUAAACCACUUAAGUCCCUGAGCAACAGAACAUUCCGAUCCAUUGCUUUAUCUCAGCCAGUCUGUGUCAGAGGCUUGAUUGCCAAGAGCACAAUGUAUGGAUUGUCUUUAAAAAAACUAUAUGUAGAUUGUUUUUUACAUCAGUCCUAUGACACUUGUGUGUUUAAACGCACCAUUGUACUUUUUUCUACUGCCAUUUAAGUAAUGAAAGGUUUUUAGUGUAAUGUACUGGUGACUGUAGCUGUACUGUAGUUUGCUGUGAGAAUCCUGCAAUAUUAAAUGAAACCAUGGAUCUGAAAAUAUUCCUUCCAGUAAAUGUAUUCAACAGUAAAUGUCCUAUCACCAUUACACUGCCAGGGAAGGGAGGAGAGCAGUUCGCCCUGAUUCCUCUUCGCACUGCAAUGCCCUGACCUGCAUGGCUUUUUAUUUGUAUUCCAUGACUGCUUCCAUGACUGCCUUUUCAGGAAGGAAGCUACCAAGGAAGGGAAAGACAGGAAAUGAUCUGCUUCUGCCCGUGGAAGAGCAGGAGGAUAGAAACCUUGUAUCUUAUGAUGUAUUGUAGACUAAGGAAUUAAUUGUGGCAUAAUCUUUCAUGAGUAAGAACACUUGCUCACAAAAGACUAAUAAAAUAAACCUAGGGUUGGAUGAAUACAGCCAGCUUUUUCACUGCAUCUCAUGCAGCUUGUCUCAUUAUUACAGCCCCUCUACCCAUGGCUUUUAUAUAUUUAGGUCCUGUGAUUCUGAGCGUAGCCUUUUUUGGUGGUCAAAGAGAGUAUCUUUUCCUGUCUCAUCAGUGGAAAAUCUUGUUGGAUCAAACCCUUCAAAGGGAUUUGGAGAUCACUGUUGCCAGUAAUUAGAACGUUGCCUUGAACUGUGUUCCAGUUUUCUGGUUUUCUUAUUUGUGUGUGAAGUUCCGGAGUCACUGAGUGCUGAGGGCCAUAUACCAUGUGCUAGGGGGUAACAUCAGGGCAGGAUUGAUGUAGCUAUUUUCUUCCAUGCUCUGGUUCACUAUCCCCUGUGCAUCUAGAUGUUCAUCAUGAAUGCUUGUGAUUUCAGCAGUUUCAAUGAUUCAGCAGUGAUUUGUAUAUCCAAAAGGGAAUUAACUGCAGGAAUGUCAAGCACAAAAGAAGCGGUCUUCAACACAUAGUGCAGUUUCUCAAAGUGGCUAUUUUUCCUUUUUCCUGUUUGCCCUUGGAAUGUAUGAGACGGUACUGAACUUCUGUUUUAUUAAUAAUUCACAUCCUGGAAGGGUGAAUCAAAUAGGACUACUGAAUAACUAAAUAGAAAAGAUGGCUUGUCUGUCUAUGAAAAAGGAAUUAUUCUUUUCUUAUAAGUAAAUCCAGUUCUGUGUGCUUUGAGUGUCUUCCUCCUCUGCUGUGGCUUGUGCCAAAAAUUCUCCAAGGCCAUUUAUAUGCUGUUAAUUAUUUCUUCAGCCUUCAACUGCUGGGGCAAGGGUGACAGCAAAAUUAAUUUCCAUGAUUUUAAAGUCCCAGGUUUACAGCACCAGGGGACUCUCAUUCCAUUCUGGGAAACAGGACAAAAUGUAUUAGAAGCUAUUUCUUAUGGUUGUCUUCCAGGCAAACAAAGAGCUGUUUACCCUUGUCUCACUCACAUCUUUUGUAAACAUCUGUACUGGGCUAUUUUCCAUUUACGGGCUUAUGGGACCAGAAAUAUUUUCACAUUCCAGACUGGUCCAAAGGGAGUAGAAGAAUCCAAGAGCUGUGUGUGGGAGAAAUGACUCUGUUGGAAUUCUUGGGUAAAAUGCCAACCUUUUAACAACCCUGAAUAUUUUCAUAUCAGUAGAAAACAUGAUAACUGCUUGUUCUCACACGAAGCACAAUACUUUUUCCCAGGUCUGUUCAGUAGGUCAUUGCAGUAGGUCACAGUAACAAAACUGUCUAAUUUCUUUGCGUUAAGGAGAAACGCCCUAAUAGAGAGCCUAUCAACUCACAAAUGUGUGUGCCAUCUUCCUCAUGCAUUUCAAUAGAAAACAGUGGUGGCAUCCUUUUGCACACAGUGGCCCCUCCUGCAUAGCCAAGAGAAAACAUCUUGAGGAUGGGGACAAAAAGUGUGUUGGGGAAGAACUCUGCACAGCUUUUUCUCCAAGACGUCUUCAGGACAUUUUAUUUCUGCUCAACCUGGACUUUUAAGAAAACACUAAAUUAAUUAUUAUUUCCCCCCAAGAUAGUGUCAAAACAUUUUCUCUUGCCUGUGCAGAACAAGUGUUUUUUCCCUUGCCUGAGUUAAAACUCUCACUUCUGGUUUCUCUACAGCUUGCAACUGCCAUUUCCCCCCUUCUUCAGGAGGUGCCAUGCUGCCUCCAUUUGCAGAAUGUUCCCACAGAGUUUCCUUUGCUUGCAGUUCAUCCACUUAUCCUUUUGGUGCAUAAAGUUCAUUAACAAAGCCAGUUUUUCCUGGCAAUCCCGCACACAUGUCUUUUUUUCCUUUUCUAUUUUAAAAGAGAAAUAUUCAAAGGCACGAUGUCACAAUAUGAGAUGUCACGAUGAGAUAAAUGAGAUAUCUUCGAAGCUACAACGUCACAGUAUGAGCAUGACAGAUUCUCAUAUCGUGAUGACAUAACUUCAAAGAUCUCAUUUAAAACAAAAAAAGGGAAAAAAUGACACGUGCGGGGGAUCACCAGGAAAAACUAACUUUAUUAAGUUUGCACCUGUUUGCACCUGAACUUUAUACACCAUAAGGACACGCAGACAAGCUGCAAGCAGAAGAAACUCUGUGGGAACAUCCUGCAAAUGGCAGCAGCACAGCCCCGCCUGAAGAGGGCAGAAAAUGACAGGUGCAAACUAUGGAGAAACUGAAAGUGGGAGCUAGACAGGGAGAAGCAGGAAAAAGAACUGCUUUCUCUGACAACUCUUUAUUUGCCCAUGCUAUGUGGACAAAAAAAAGCCAAAAUGAGUCUUUUUAAAAUGUCUGCAAAUGGAUGGGAAAGCCCAUAUGUUUUUUGAGGUACUUAUGUGCAUCCCUUCUGUCCACCAAAGGACCACCCAGUUGAGCUAAUAGGCUCUGAUCAUCAAUAAAGAAUGCUCUCCUGUUCAUGCCUUGGUAGAGUCAUGAGCAGUCAGAGACCAGUGAAAUUCAAUCUGGCAUUAAUCAAGCCUGAAAAUUCCAAGAAGCUUCCCUGUGGCCAACAGUACCUGCAGAAUCUGUUUGGUGCAUCUGUUGUGUAAAACCGAAUACUACGUUAGUCCAUAAAUGCAACUAAAUACAACUGAAACGACCACUCAAAUAUUAAAGUAAAAUGUGUUCAUGAUAUGAAACUCCAGUAAUGAGAAUAAGAGUGUAAGAAAUUUUUAAAAUGUAAAAAGUUAAAGUUUUAAAAAGUCUGUCUUGUGAAUAUUAGCAAGAUCCUCUAGAAUAUUAAUAAAAAGAAAUUUGGAUAGUAUAAUUGUGACAGUUUACCUUGCUGUUAAAAUAGUUUGUUUUGCUGUUAAAAACCUACGUUCACAAUUUAUGGUUUAAUUUUAUAUAUUUUUGCAGCAUUCAUGUAUUGUAUGAACAUUGUUUGUUACUGGCAAAUACAUUUCGGUUUUUAUAAGGAACAGGCUUUUCAACUAUUCUCUGUGUUGCUGUGUCCUGUAAACAAAACAGUAAAAGCAGUAUCUUCCACAUUUUGAGCUGAAGACUUUACAGUAUAAAGCAUGCUUUGAAGACAUUGUUGACUCCAUUGAAAAGUGCAGGGAAUUUUGAAAACAUCCAUUGAUUUUGAAUUCUGUUCUCUUAAAAACACACAGAUAAUGAAACAUGACAGAUAAUGAAACUUUGCUGGAACCAUUGUUAGCUAUUUACUUGUAAGAUUUCAAGCUGUUGUCAAGUUGUUUGCCUUUAAAACAUGCUCUGCAUGUGUAUUUGCAGAGGAAUAGAAGCAAAUUAGUUUCAGAGCAGGCAAAGGUUCUGUUUAACAUGAUUAAUUUGCAUACCCGAUCAGAAGCCCUGAUGGGAAGAAGCCCAACCUGACUCUGCCCAUUUUCUAAAAGCACCUGGUGGCCACCAGGAAAGGUGUUGGCAGGUGCCAUGGCACCCAUGCGCACUACGUUGGAACCACUGAUGUACAAGGUGAUUUGUUUCUUAAAAUUGCUGUCAAGUCAUAGCUAACUUCUGGCAACGCAACAGGGGUUUCAAGGCAAGAGAUGGUUUGGAGGUGCUUUACCAUUGCCUGCCUCCAUGUCAUGGCCCUGGUAUUUCAUGGAUAUCUCCCAUCCAAAUAGUCGCCAGGGUUAGAGCUGACUGUGUGUGACUGGCCAAAGGUCACCCCAGCAGGCUUCAGUGGCAUGAAUGGGUGUCUGAACCUGGAUUUCCAAGGAUAUUAACUACCACACCACACUGACUCCUCCCUCUACAAGAUCUAUUGUGAGUGAAAUAUUUAAAAUGGUCUUUUUUUGGCCUUCCUCUAAUUUUGGAAUUCCUGUCCUGGGCCUAGGCUACAGGACAUCCUAAGCAGACUUAUACUUUUCUGAGCCCAUUGACUUCAGAAAAUUUGGGGGUAUUGUUCUGCUUAGGAUGAUACUGUUACUCAAAUUCACUUUGCUUCUUGCUCCAUUGCUGCAGUUGCCAUCCAGUACAAUGCUUCACUUAUCCCCAGUUUAGUGACCUUUGGUUUUGGAGCCUUCAUGCAUACAAGACAUUGCUUCUGUCACUUAAUUCUACUUUCAUUUGUUAUUUCCUUGGCAAUGCAAAUACAUACAUGAUGGGGGUCUUGGGAAAGGAAAGGUAAUCUAUUGGUUCUGUAUACACUAUCACAUUCUACCACUACUGAGUAAGUGUGGCUUUGCCGAUGUUUCUUCAUUUAUGAUGAUGGGUUUAUCAAAUGUGCAUUCAAAGAAAUUUGGGAAAGAUACAUAGGGUGACACCAGUUUAUCCUCACUACAACUCUAUGCAUGUACACAUUUUAUCUAUUUAAACUAUGUAUGCUCCACCUUCACCUCAAGAAGGGACCCAAGAGGGCUUACAACAAAUAUGCACAAGAUGGAUCAAACGUUUAAAACAUUAUAAACAAUCAACCCAGCGUCUAGACCUGUGGGCACUUUUGGAAUUCUGGAAUUGGGUAGUGGGAGCCACCAGACAAUGGCUGCCCUGGGGACAAUCACAAAGUGGCUACUAUGGGAGUUGGGGGGGGGGUAUCACAAAAUGUAAGGAAGCUCUAAGCAAAGUGCUCCACUUAUGGUAUAGGCAUAUUUCUAAAUGGAUGCUGCCUUUGGACACAAAGUGAUGGAAUUUUUUUUGCUUUUUUUGAAUCACAUGCUGCUCCAGCCAGGUGGAGGAAGGCCAGAAUUGGCUGUUUGCUUAGAAAGAGAGUUGCUUUGUCAAUUAAGCAAAUAGGUACCAGGACAGCCAUUGGUGGGCACCAUGGUGCUCCUAGGAGCCAUGCUGGGGAUCACUGACUUAGAAAUUUAACUGCCUGCCAAAAAGUCAGCCCUCAAUUAUUACUCAGUACUCAGUCCCUCAGAGCCCUCUGGGGUGGCUGGUAUACCAAAUUUAAUAAAUAAAUAAAUAAAAAAUGCCCAUUACAUUGUUCAAAAAAUUCUUCUAGAACAAUGCUGCCAUAUAACAGCAUCUGAAGAUCACCAAUUAAAGUGCCCCCCUCACCUCUUCUGGAAAGCCAUUCCAGAGGAACUGAGCUACAAACAAGAAGUUUUAUAGGCAACACUGAUCUCAGUGAUGAUACAGUGGUGAGUACUAGUUUGGGGUAGAGCUAAUCAAACACCCAGACUCAAUAAGAGAGACGGUCCUUCAACUCUGAGGAAUCCAGGCCAUUAAAAGUUUUCAUGGUGAACAGAACCUUGAACAGAGUGUAGAAACAGGCAGUCAAUUGAGCAGUCUCAUCAUAGGUGUUAGGUGUUCAUAGCAUUGUGUGCCACUCAAAAGACAGACUGCCACAGUUUGUAUAAACUGAAGUUUGUAAAAAGUCUUCAAGGGGAAUCCGUGAUGUAUAUAAACAGUAUCUGUGAGACUGAGUAACAAUGUUUUGCUUAAAACCACCUGGUGAACUUCAUGGCUGAAUGAAAUUUCAGUCCACUCCUACACAUAACACAGGCUCAAACUUCACCAUGGCUUUGUACAUUCCACCACAGCUGGCCACUACCAAGGUAAAUUAAGAGUGAGUUUUCCCAGUUGAAAAACAAGCAUCUGCUACUUUUAAGCAGCUGUGAAAGGAGAGAGGCUAAGUCAUUUAAAACUUCAGUCUCUGCAGUUUAUUCUUUUUACAAGCUGGGACCAUGACAUAAAGACCAACAGUCUCAAACCAGUAAUACCAUUUCCCCUGUUCCCCAACAAAAAUCAAACCUGUUCCGUUUUACAGAAGCAGAUCCUGACAGGCUUGCAAUAAUUCCCUGUGUUUGGAUCAAAAUAUUUAUGAGAGCCAGUCAUGUCUUAGAGGGAUCCCCAUAGGGCCUUCUUAUACAACUUCUGUCAUGGCUCACUGGACAGUCUCCGUAAAGUGAUUGUCCAGCCAUUAUAGCUGUUUGUAGAUAUGCAUUGCCAAGGACAAGCUUCUCCCCUUCCAAAAUAUCACCUUAAUAAAGGGCAGGACAGUACUGCUAAUAUCAAUAAGUGAAACAAAAUAGCAUUGAAUCCUGCACAAUUAAAUUUUACCCCAAAGGCUGGGGAUGGCACUGACACUUCAUGGAAUAUUUCCUAUUCUCCACAAAGCAGCAGUAAAAGAUUUCUCAAAACUGUGGUACUUAGGCUUAACUGUAUUGGUUGGAUGAUGCUACUGGACUGAGAAUUCAAACAGGAACGAAAGCUGUAACAAAACAAUACAGAAUUGAAAAGACCAGUCUGUAAAAUGUCAUCAUCAAAGCCAGCAGCUUACAUCCCAGCAAAGGGUGUUUAAGGCAUGUGAGAAGCAAAGGUGGUUUGCCAAUGCCUAGUCUUUCUUGAUGGUCUCCCAUUCAAGUACUUACCAUGCUUAGCUUCCAAGUUUUGACAAAAUCGGGCUAUAACUUGCCACUUUCCCUCCAAAACACACAUAUUUCAAACCGUUAAAAUUAUCAUUAUGCAUAACUAAACACAUCUGCUCUUGGAUUAAUUUCAUGAUACAUAGCAUGUCUGAUGUGUGCACACAUUAUGUAGCCAAAAAUGUAUCAAAGAAGGAUUUCCCUUUUGCUGAAAAACCUAUAUUAAAACCCAAAUUGUAGAUUUUCCUUAAACGACAAAAAAAUCUUGUUUGCAAGCAGAAAUCUUGUUUGUAAACUUAAGUUCCAUUUCAUGGAACAGCUGUCUGUAUUUCAGGAUGGAAUAAUAGGGCUUUGGGAGAAGGAAACAUGACAAGCUGAAGGCAGCUGUUAUUUUUAUGCUGUGCCAACAUUUUUCUGUGCUACAUUUCUGACAAACAAAUUUGCAUUCAUAAGGAUGGAUAGGAUUAUCAUUCCUGAAUAUAUUUGGUUCUAUUAUCAUUUGAAAGAGUACAAAUAACUUUUAAAAAAUGGAUUGUUAUUUCAGAUUGGCAAGGAACUUAUGAGCAGUCAGAUUUUUGUUAGCAAAGUAAGAAUGUGGAUAAAACUAUUCACUGGAUUGGAGAAUGAGCUGGUGGAGGGGAAGCAGGUUUACUACUUUCAACACAUUUGGCCACAGGCAGAUGUCUGGAGUGGAGCUUGUCACCAUGAUUCCGUCAUCCGAUACCAUAUGUUAAUUUUGUUUCUAAUAACUAAAAGAUAUGUAGACUAAAGAUCAUAUUCCCUGGGCUCAGAAUAUGAACUUUGUCAGUUCAUUAUAGCUUGCCUUCAACAUGAAGGGAAUCAUUAUAUUUAUAUUUCAAAUAUAAUCAUUAUAUUUUCUGGCCUAGACUGUAUAUUUGAGCCAGAGGAGAACUCUCCUUCCUCAUCCUCUCCAGUAUCACAUAUCUAGCAGCUGCGGUAGCCAUGACAGAUGACUAACCUGUAGAUGUAUGCUGGUGGAUGAAUGAGUAGAACACCUUCCUCUCCCUGACUCCUCUCCUUCUUUCUUCCCUGGUAACUUGGAUACUGUUUGAUGGAGCCCAAGACACGAAUCCUAAGCAAACCUAAUGAGAGUCACAGUCAGAUCUCUUAACUCAGGAUUUGGUGUAGUUCCAUAAAGACUGCAAGACAGAGCUGUUCCAAUGCUCUAUGGUUGAGGACAAUUAUGAGAUUCUAUCUGUUUGGCGCCCCCUCCCUCCCUCUUCCCUUUUCUCCCUUCCUGUAUGAAAGAGUUUGGAGAUAGUUCCUAUUUUAAUUAUCCUCCCUUAGUAGGAUUUACUGUUGUAUUGUUGACUGAGAAUUUUAUUGGAGUUUAUUGUAUUUUCAUGCAACAUUGAUAUUGUACGGUGCCCUGAACCUUAUAGGCACUUUAUAUAAAUAAUAAUUAAAAAAAAAACAAGCCACUUUUCCAAAUCCAAAGGAUUAUGGAGAUAAUGUACAAUAUAAUGUCAGUUUGAAUCUCAGUUUAAAUGCUAUGAAUGUUAUAAAGAAACCAGUGAUAGACAGGAGUUUGUACAGCCCACAAAUGUGAAACAGCUAAUCACCUGGAGACAGAAAUUGCUGACAGUUCCAGGUUGGUUUCUUGAAGACAGCAGAUUCAACAGUUCUGCUUCUACCUCAGGAGCAGUGGCAGGGGAGAAUGAUUACUCAGGCCUAUAUCUAGCAGUUAUCAGUCCAGUGAAAGUCUGUCUCUUGGGAGAAGAUAGACUGAUGAGAUUAAAACCCUAUGUGUGAGAGGGGCUGAUGUGGUAUUUAGACUGAGGAAGCCUGGGAGGACCUUUCUUUAGAAACAGGUAGCAAUUACAGACUGAAUAAAUACCAUUCAGAGGUAUCUCUGUGACAAUUUAAUGUGCAUUUCAGCUUUUACUGAAGCUGUAAUUAGAGCAUAAGCACAUAAGUGCCUCAGCCAAGCUAUUUCAUGUUUGUAUUUGGAAGCCUGUGCCUGAUGAAGUGUUUAAACAGCUCUCCUAAGUUAAAUAACCAUUUUUAAAAUGUUGUUCUAUUUUACUGUUGCUCCAGAAUCUCUGAGUCUUACCGCAUUUUCACUUUGGGGAGGCGGGGGGAAGGUUUAUCACAACAAGCCAAUGUUUUCCCAAAAUUAUAGGAGACUGUCUUAAAGGGCUACCAUAAAACCUUAUAUCAACUGAUGCUGGCACAGAUCCUGUGUAUAGCGAUAACAUAGACUGAAAUCAGGUUUUUUAGGAUCAAAAGAAAGCACUCUGCUAAUGAGCUAUAGCCACUGUCAAACUUCAAGAAGUUGAGUCUAAGUUUGACUCCAGUUAGGCAAUGAGUUUGACAGUUUUUCCUCUGGAAUGACUAUUGGGAAAAUUUCCUGACCUUAAUGGAUACUUCUAGAAACUGUUUCCAUGGAGACAGUUCCCAGUGGCUCCAGUGGUAGAGUUCAAUAAAGUGUGGAAAUUGGUCCCUUCCUUCUGCUGUUUACUCACCACCCACUGUGAAUGAUCAAGGCAUCUCAUUUGUUGAACCGUUACAAAAGACCUUCAAAUUAAUUCAUGGAAUAGUUCAGUGUUUCAAAAGAAAUUUUCCUCACAAGACUUUUGGACUGUAUUUGUCACCUCAUUGUGUCAUAUUAGCAUCAUCUGAAGAAUGAUAUUUACCCACCAGGAAUCAAUCUGGCCUUCCUUGGAGGCAGUCUAAGCAUUACAAGCAUGACUUAUCAGUAAUAUUAUUUGACUACUCAUGGGAAAUAUGUCCAGAUUUGAAAGCAAUUCAUAGCAAAUGCUCACUGGAAAGCAUUGUGAUUUUUUAAAAAGAUCCAUAUAAAGGGUAAGAACUAUGUCUGACAGAUGAGAAAGCUGGUUAACAUUCAAAGCUUUUGGGAACUUUGAGUACAACAGAGAAUCCUCCCAAGGUCUAAAUAGUAGAAAAGUGCCAUGACAAUUCAGUUAUAUAAAAAGAUGCUAUUCUUCCAAUUUCCUGUCUUUCUGCAAAAGGAAAUGCAAACUCAUAAAAUGAAAAACACUCAUGACCAAAUUUAGAGCCACAAUGGUAGCAAAUUUAGUUAUCCUGUGUUAAGCAAGUAUUAAUGAAUAUGCUAUUACAAACUAAAACUUUAUAACAACUUAAGGUGUUUCCCUUUCCCAAAUUCUUCCACCUUUCCCACACAGUUACAGCAUCCCUUCCUUCUCCCUUCCAUCCCCUACUCUUGGCUCCUUUACCUCAUAGUUUGGGUCAGGCAACCCAAAAUUUCACCUGAAUAUCCUUUUUUCCUAGUGGUUUUUCACUCUUCUGUUUGUUCUCCCAGGUUUGUAGAAAUACACCCCCUCUUUGUACCUAGUUUCAUUAUGCAUAUUUUUUAUCCACAUGUGGGACUAAGGUGGGAAUUAGAUGUAUGAUAUUAUGUAAAUCCACAGGUACUUCUUCUUAAUGAAAAAUAGGAUGAUACUUCUCUUUUCUUAUCCAUGAUUAGUAAAAUAAAAAGACAAACUCCGAAACAGCAACAAAAGCAAUAACAAUUUAAUUCAGUACCUGACUGGUAUACCUAACUGGUAUAAUACAAAGUAAUAAAAGUUUAUUGUCUUGGCCAUAGGCCUUCCCAAUCUCUUCAUACACAGUAUCAUAAAAUGAAAACAUACACAAAAGCAUCCCAAAGGACUUAGCUAAAAUGGACUAAAUUAACUCUAUAUAAACAUCCCUAUCGAAUAAUACAAAAUAGAUCAAAUAGGUGAAGAGACUGACACUGACUGCAACACUGGCUCAGGUGAUUUUUAUUGUAACAGGAGGGCAUGGGGAAUCACAGGAGAAGAUAUUUGUCAUCCCCAGAUGAGGAAGUCUCACCACUAUAUCAACAAUUAAUAUUCAACUGCUCUUGAAGCAACUUGAGGGAAGGCAUUGUUUUUUCCCCAAUGGCACAUUGCUUCUAAUGGGUCAACACAGAAGAGGCAACACCAGCAGGGCUCUUUCUUCUGGGUUGCUGCUUCAGAAGGUAGCAAGGGAAGGAUAGUAUGCUGUAACCACCCCCCCC